AUGAGUCCGUCGCGCCAGAUUUACCUGCUUCCCUUGAAAGAUGACGGUUCGCCCGACAUCCCUGGUGAUUAUGUUUAUCUGCCACCUUCAACAGACCCAGGAUAUGUUUUACGGUUCAUAAUUGAGGGAACCAGCUCCAUCUGCCGCCAGGGCAGCUUGUGGGUCAACAUUCCUGAGGAAGGCAAAGCCUUCGAUCGCCAGUCGUUUCGUGAAUUCAGAUUGCAACCUAACUUUAACGAGAAUAUCCAAAUCGACAUUUCCGUGCCUAGUGCUGGCGCAUUUGCGUACUAUGUCACCUUCACACCACUCCCUGAUUUCUCCGUUGAGGCCGUCAAGACACCAGAGCCGAUCAAAAGCCCCAUUCAUUACAUAGAUGUGUCGCCGCGGCUCACCCUCCAGGGCAAAGACUUGCCGCUGAAUGCCCUUUCAAUCUUCUCCGUGAUUUCCAAGUUUCUAGGGGAGUAUCCCGUCGACUGGGAUCGUCAUCUUCAUGGAAUCAGCCAGCGCAAUUAUAACAUGGUUCAUUUUACACCACUGAUGCAGCGCGGAGCCUCCAAUUCACCUUACAGUAUUUUUGAUCAGGUCUCGUUUGACUCGGCCAUCUUCCCCAAUGGAGAGGCCGAUGUCGCAUCCCUCGUUUCAAAAAUGGAAAAGGACUAUGGGCUGUUGACUUUGACUGAUGUUGUCUGGAACCAUACUGCCCACAACAGCAAAUGGCUGGAAGAACACCCCGAAGCAGGCUAUAGUGCGGAGACUGCGCCUUGGUUAGAGUCAGCAUUGGAGCUGGAUACAGCGUUGUUGAAAUUCAGCGACGACCUCCAGUCCUUCGGGCUACCAACUGAGUUCACGAAGGUGGAAGAUUUGGUUGCUGCGAUGAAUGUUCUGCGCAAAGAAAUUAUUGAUAAGCUUCAAUUAUGGGAGUUUUAUGCCAUUGACGUCAAGGCCAAUACAAAAACAAUUCUCGAAGCUUGGACCAAUGGAGCCAAUGACGAGACCAUCAUCACGGCCGAUUAUUUGAAGGAGUUCAAGAAAUCGUCAUUCAACGAGCAAGCCAAGAUUUUUCGCGAGCAUGGUAUUCCAAACUCAAAUCAAGUCCGCGGAAGAUUUGAGCGCUCAGUGGAUGCUAAAUUCGGUGCUGCUAUCCUGACAAUCCUCUUUGGGGAAUCUGAUAAAAACCAGUCAGCUUCAGAGGAGAUUGAAUCUUCAAUUUCGAAAUUUCUUGAUGCGGUAAAUCUGCCCCUCUAUGAAGAAUAUGAUGCAGAUGUUGCCACUAUCAUGGACCAACUGUUCAACCGUAUCAAGUACCUGCGGAUUGAUGACCAUGGCCCGAAGCUUGGCCCCGUGACUAAAGAGAACCCACUGAUUGAGGCUUACUUCACUCGACUGCCUAUUAACGAAGUCACUAAGAAGCACAACCCGAAGGCGCUUGCCCUUGCCAACAACGGUUGGAUAUGGAAUGCUGACGCUAUGAGAGAUAACGCUGGACCUGACUCUAAAGCCUAUCUUUGUCGUGAGGUUAUCGUGUGGGGUGAUUGUGUUAAGCUUCGUUACGGAAACUCGCCAAAGGAUAACCCUUUCCUUUGGGAAUUCAUGACCAAGUACACUCGCCUGAUGGCAAAGUACUUUUCGGGCUUUCGUAUUGAUAACUGUCACUCUACACCACUUGUUGUAGCCGAGUACUUGUUGGAUGAAGCACGCAAGGUUCGCCCUAAUCUCACAGUCUUUGCGGAACUUUUCACCGGAUCUGAGGAAGCAGACUAUGUUUUCGUCAAGCGCUUAGGCAUCAAUGCGCUUAUUCGCGAGGCCAUGCAGGCCUGGAGCACCGCAGAGCUGAGUCGCUUGGUUCAUCGUCAUGGUGGUCGCCCGAUCGGUAGCUUUGACGUCGAUCUCCCUUCUGCCGGUAGCAGUCAUGCUAUUGCUUCUGCGAAGUCCGGAGAUUCAGAUGAGAAAAUCACUCAUAUUCGCCCAUCCCCAGUACAGGCAUUGUUUAUGGACUGCACGCAUGACAAUGAAGUCCCCGCCCAGAAGCGCGAUGCGAGAGACACUCUUCCAAAUGCUGCUCUCGUGGCUAUGUGUGAUUCUGCAAUCGGAAGUGUUAUGGGAUAUGACGAACUGUACCCGAAACUCAUUGAUCUGGUCCAUGAAACCAGACAAUAUGACUCUCCAUUUUCUGGAUCCCAAAAGUUGGAAAUUGGUGCUGGAGAUGGAAUUGGAGGCGUGAAGAAGCUUCUGAAUGAGCUGCACACCAUGAUGGGAGUCGAGGGCUAUGAUGAGACCCACAUUCAUCACGACGGAGAAUAUAUCACUGUCCAUCGAGUUCACCCUAAGACCAGGAAAGGAGUUUUCCUGAUUGCGCAUACCGCGUUCCCUGGAAACGAAAGCGGUGCAAGUCUACCCCCGACUCAAAUCGCCGGAACGCAGGCCAAACACAUUGGCUCUUGGGUACUCGAAGCAAACGUGGACGAUGAAACAAAAGCCAAAACGUUGGCAGAUGAGAAGUACUUGAAGGGUCUUCCAAGUUCUACGAAGGACAUUGAAAGUACUAAGAUUGAAGGCGACGGGAAGGAGGUGGUUAUCUCUGUGCUCGAUACUCUUGUGCCCGGCUCCAUUGCUUUGUUCGAGACUUGGAUUCCUGCGACCGAGCAUGCCAGUGGCUUGGACAACUUCCUUUCCAGUGGAGCAGACGAGGCAUUUGGAGAGCUCAGUUUGAUCGAUCUGAAUUUUGCACUUUAUCGCUGUGAUGCCGAGGAAAAAGAUUCCAGCGACGGCCAAGACGGCGUCUAUAGUAUUCCUAACCAUGGUCCCUUGGUCUACGCAGGUCUUCAAGGCUGGUGGAGCGUUCUUGAGGAUGUGAUCAAAUACAACCAGCUCGGACACCCAAUUUGUGACCAUCUGCGAGAUGGUCAAUGGGCACUCGACUAUCUGGUUGGCCGUAUGGAGAAGGUGGCCUCGAAAGAAGGCUAUGCUUCGUUGCACAAGCCCGCUGCAUGGCUUCGCGAGAAGUUUGAUGCUGUUCGGGGUCUUCCUAGCUUUCUCCUUCCGCGAUACUUCGCGAUUAUUGUUCAAGUGGCCUACAAUGCCGCUUGGAAGAGGGGUAUUCAUCAAUUCAGUGAAAACGUCCGUCACGGUCAAGAGUUUGUCCACCAGCUUGCGAUGGUUAGCGUACAACAAACUGGAUUCGUCAGUUCAGCUUCCUUGUGGCCUACCAAGCAGGUUCGCAGUCUUGCAGCUGGGUUACCCCAUUUUGCUGUCGACUGGGCUAGAUGCUGGGGCCGAGACGUCUUCAUUUCCAUUCGUGGUCUCUUCUUAUGUACAGGGCGAUUCGACGAUGCAAAGGAGCACAUUAUUGCAUUUGCAAGUGUUCUAAAGCAUGGUAUGAUUCCCAAUCUUCUCAGCAGCGGGAAGUUGCCCCGGUACAAUUCUCGGGAUUCUGUUUGGUUUUUCCUGCAAGCCAUUCAAGAUUAUACCAACAUGGUGCCGGAUGGCAUCAAAAUAUUGCAAGAGAAGGUUCCUCGAAGAUUCUUACCUUAUGAUGACACAUGGUUCCCAUUUGACGACCCCCGCGCUUACUCUCAGUCGCCUUCCCUCCUGGAGGUUGUUCAAGAAGUUUUCCAGAGACAUGCCCAUGGCAUGUCUUUCCGCGAGUACAAUGCUGGCUCUGACCUUGAUGUUCAGAUGAAGUCUGCAGGGUUCCAAAUUGACGUCAAAGUUGAUUGGAACACUGGUAUUGUCUUUGGUGGUAGCCAAGAUAACUGUGGUACUUGGCAGGAUAAGAUGGGAGAAAGUGUGAAGGCUGGAAACAAGGGUUUCCCUGGAACUCCUCGUGAUGGAGCAUCAAUUGAAAUCACCGGACUGCUCUACAGCGCCCUGGCUUGGGUCUCUAAGCUUCACGAGUCAAAGAUCUACCCGCAUGAAGGCGUAGACGUUGGCGAUGGAAAAUCAGUCUCCUUCAAAGAGUGGGCUGACAAGAUUAAGAACAGCUUUGAGCGAUGCUACUACAUUCCCAUCAACCCUAGCGAAGAUGGUCAGUACGAGGUCGAUGCCAAUAUCGUCAACCGCCGUGGUAUCUACAAGGAUUUGUACAAAUCUGGCAAGCCUUUCGAGGACUACCAGCUUCGAGCCAAUUUCCCAAUUGCUAUGGCAGUUGCCCCGGCCCUUUUCACCCCAGAAAAGGCCCUGACUGCCCUCUCAAUUGCUGAUUCUGCAAUUGUUGGCCCUGUUGGAAUGGCAACCCUCGAUCCAUCUGACCUGAACUACCGCCCAUACUACAACAACUCUGAAGAUUCUGAAGACUUUUCAACCUCUAAGGGUCGCAAUUAUCACCAAGGUCCUGAAUGGGUUUGGCAGCGUGGCUAUUACCUUCGCGCCUUGCUUUCCUUUGAUAUACUUCGCCGCAAGACGCCCGAAGAACGUAUUGAGUCCUUCCAACAGGUCACUCGACGUCUUGAUGGAUGCAAAAAGGCAUUGCGAGAAAGUCCAUGGAAGGGACUGACAGAACUCUCCAACAAAAAUGGCGAGCACUGUGGCGAUUCCUCACCCACCCAAGCGUGGUCUGCGGGAUGCCUGCUUGAUCUCUACUACGACGCUGCUAAGCUUUCUUAA